UUUCCUCUUUCGUACUUGAGUGCAUGAUACUGCCUGAUUUCUGCGCGACAAACUGUAAAUAUAUUCGUGUUCUCUUCAACUACAGGGGCUGAUGAAAAAUAAUGGCACAUAAUCAGCAUGCUGAGUUUGUGGACACACACUUCGAAGCUCUCAUUCAGAGAUGUACAUCUGUGAUGUCUAUCGCUGAUAAACUGUAUGAAAAAAGAGCGUUCAGCUGGGAAGUGUAUUCAAAGAUCACAAACGCAACUUCUAGAGCAAACCAAAAAAGGGAGCUCUCGAACAUUGUGAAAUCUGGAGGACGUGAUAUAAAAUCUGCUUUUUACCAAGUACUGCAAGUACUCCAGCCAGAUGUUAUUCAAGAGCUUGGAGGAUCAUUCUCACAGACUGGGAAUGAAAAUCAUUUAUCUGAGUCCCACCAUCAGAGGGAAGAACCAACAAGGGCACAAAAUAUGCCUGACAGACCUGAAGACGCGAUUAUCAGGUGGAGCCCGUCCUCAAUAAAACACAGAGGUAAAAUAGAGGAGCUCCGGAAAGAUACCUCAAGGAAAAAAGUGGGAAGCAUCUAUUUCUCCAAAAGCAAUAACUACAUGAUUGGCUCUGGAGGAAGUGGCAUGGUAUAUCUGGGCUUGAAGGAAGAUGGCACUGAAGUGGCCAUUAAACGGAUUUUCAAAGACCCACAGAACAGCAAAGACUUUGAAAAUGAGCUGAAGCACCUACGAGAUCUAAAUCUUGAGAGCAAGAAUAUUGUCAGAUAUGUAGACCUAGCUGAGGAUGACGAUUUUUAUUAUCUGGCACUACAGCUGUGUGAACAUGACCUUGUGGACCACAUGAAGAGUCUUGAUCUCCAAGAGCAAAAUAACAAAGAGUUCGACUUGAGGAAAAUAGUGCAGGAUGUGCUGCUCGGCCUUCAAGUUCUUCACAGUGCCGGAGUGAUACAUCGGGAUAUAAAGCCAAAAAACGUUUUGAUAGAUUCAGGGAAAAAUGCGAGGCUGGCUGACUUCGGGUUAAGUCGCAAACUGGAGGAGGGCAGAAGCGCAGUGCACACGGUUCGAGCCGGGACACAAGGCUGGGAGGCAACAGAGAUCCUGAAUCAGUCAGAAAAGGGCGAUUACAAGAAGAGCUCAGACAUCCAGGUUGCUGGGAUGCUGGUUUACUACAUUCUCUCUGAUGGCAAACAUCCAUUUGGGGGCAUAAAUGACCGUGAGGACAACAUAAGGAAAGGGAAGUGCUGUCUUGACCAUGUUCAGGAUAUAGUAGCCAAAGACCUGAUUGAGUGGAUGAUCAACAAAGAUCCAGCAAAAAGACUAACCAUUGAUGAGGUCCUCGUUCACCCUUAUUUCUUGGAUGAGCACAGGAAAUAUACAAUCCACAAAGAGCUGGGUGACAGGCCUGAAAUCCAGAAGUAUGAGACCUUAGCAAAACUUUAUAGCUUCUACAAAGACAAAGGACACACAGAGGGAACAGAACCUACAGCAACACUGGCUCUCAGUGACGCUCUCAGUGAACUUAAAAUCAAGGACGAGAAAACGAGACUGGACAUCAGCACUAUAGUGGGUAAAGAUUUAGAAAACCUUUGGAGGCUCUUCAGCACCGCGGAGAAAAUCACAGAGGGAAAGAGCUUUUCUAAUUGGAAAUCAGAUAGUCUAGGAGAGUUACAUGAGUAG